UUCCAGGAUAUUUGGGUUCCACGUUCAUUCACAGAUUUCUUAUCUGCGUGGUUAAAGCGCGACAGACUUCCCCCACUCCCUACGGUCUACCCACUCAGCCGGAUCGACCAUGGAGACAGACGGCCAUCGGAUGCGCCUGAAUAACCUCCUGCAAAGCCGGAAGACUCUGCAGUUAACCUGGCAGACUACCCAGUCUGGGCUGGCUCAUCAACCUACUUGGCAGGCCAUCGCGUACAUCAAUGGCGCGGAGCACGGCAGAGGAACAGCCCAGACGCAGGGACAAGCGAAGGAAUUGGCAGCAAGAGAAACUUAUAAUAAGCUUGUGAGCCAAUCUCGGUAACUCCACAAUGGAACGGUCGGCGUAAUCUAGGCUACCUACGAGGUCGUCAGAUCUUGAUGUUGCCCUCUUGCUAACAGCCUUAGCUGUGUAGCGGUUCUGGGGCAACCUCUUGACGAGUUUUGGCUUAUAUGAACGAAAUGAAUGACUGCUAUACUUACGCGACGUUACGCUCACCGGAAGCUGCCGCAGUGUAACCGUUACGAGCGAGAGCAGGGACAUAUCGGGAAUUCGACCGGCAGCAUGACCCGGAGACUCGGUUCAAGCGAUCUUACUGAUACACAGCCAACAAGGCCAACAAUCCAGGAUACUCGAAUAGCUCCACAACUUAUUGAACAUGCUUCCAUCUAUAAUCAAGU